GAACACGAAAUCACGUGAUAAGAACUGAAGUAUACUGACACCCGAACGUCACGAUUCCCGCUCUAGAGUCAUCUGCUAUGUCCUAUUUUCAGGAAAUUCUGUAUGGAUAAUUUAGCUAGUCACGUAUAUCCGUCUUGAACAGCCAAACUCCUGGGCGUGAACGCGCUAGUUGGCACGUUCACUGGUCUUGGGAUGGGCAUUCUCACUGUCGACUGGUCCAUGAUCUCGUGCAUCAGAAAUCCCUUGGGGACGCCUUGGUGGUCUGAAGCCAACACGGCCGCUGCCCUUGUGAUUUGUUUCUGGAUCAUUACGCCGAUCAUCUACUUCACCAACACUUGGUUUACCACACACUUACCAAUCUCGUCCUACUUGACCUUCGACAACACUGGAUUGCCCUAUGACGCUGCUCAGGUGGUCGCCAAUGCUUCUUUCAACGUCGCGCAGUACGAGGCUUACUCGCCCGUCUUCAUGACGGCAACCAUGGCUAUUGUAUAUGGUGUCUAACUUGUAUUUCAAGUCACCAUCUCUCUACACUUUCGUUCCAUACAUUUCGGCACACGACCUGUAGAUGCAUCCCAACCAAUUGAACGAC